AUGUGGGUUCACCACGAUGGUUUCCAGCAGGUAGUUAAACAGGCAUGGAGCUCGGAAGCAGCGGACCAUCCUAUGUUCAACAUCCUCCUCAAGAUGAAGGCAGUCAAGAGCGCUCUCAGGACUUGGAACAAGGAUGUUUUCGGCAACAUCUUCACCAAGAUCAAGGAAGAUAAGGCCAAAUUAGCAGACCUGGAGCUGAAGAUGUCAUCCGGCCCUGUCCUUGACACUGUUGAUGAAAACCACCUCAAUCUCCAUCAGGCAGAGAAGGAAGAAUUGAAGAAUCUAUAUCUGUUAGAAGAGAUAUUCUGGAAGCAGAAAUCCACGGUGCAUUGGCUCGUAGAGGGAGACAGAAACACAAGACUUUUUCAUUCCGUUGCCACUGAGAAACAGCGUCGGAUGUCCAUCAGAUUCAUCGACCUUCUUGAUGAUUGCAGAUUGCACGAUCUUCCAGACUUUAAAGUGGCAACUGUGGACCAUUUCUCUGAUCUGUUUGUAACAGGUAACACUCUGUUAUCCCCUGAUUUACUUCAUGUUAUUCCAUCUAUCAUUUCACAGGAGCACAACAACCGUCUGCUACAAUCUCCCUCUUUGCGCGAAGUUCAGCAGGCUGUAAUGGUCAUUCCUAGCAACGAAGCGUCGGGCCCAGAUGGUUUCUCUAGUAGUUUUUUCAAAGCCUGUCGGGAUACUAUUGGGGCAGACCUUCACAGGGCUACAGAGUUCAUCUUCCAGGGUGGAAGCUUCCCUAGAGCAGUUACGGCCACCCUCAUCUAUCUGAUUCCCAAACACGCUGCUCCAAAAGCCUUCUCUGAUUUCCCCCCAAUCGGUCUCUGUAACCGUCUAUACAAGAUCAUCGCUAACGUCAUUUCUCCCCGUCUAAGCUUAGUGCUUCCUGAGCUAGUCUCCCCCUGA